CGACGAGCACGCGCAGUGCGUUUUUGUCGCUCCGACCGAUCCUUCCGAAUGCGUCCGGCGCACGUUGCAAUAUCGAUAUUAUAAUUAUUAUUGUAUUACGGCCGCGUUAUGUUUCGCGUACUCGUCGUCGUCGCGGUCAUCGCGGCCACGUCGGUCAUUUAUGCAGGUGGUGUCACGCGCAGGACGGUCAGGAGGCAGCGACAGUAUUUGGACAACGGCGGAUACGAUCGCGAUGUGGCCACAAGUAGUGGCGUUUGUCCAGAAAGAAACGGACGGUACCCGUUGGGCAACCAGUGCGACAAGUAUUUACAAUGCGAGAAUGGCGUACCCACAGAAAAAUUAUGUCCCGACGGACUGUUCUUCAACUCAAAGUCAUCGAUAUUCUCCUACCCGUGCCAAUAUCCACCAGAAGUAGAUUGCGAGGGAAGAACCCAAUUGCAACCCCCACAAUCCUCCAGCGACUGUCCGAGACAAUUCGGUUACUUUCGGCUGGGUGACGAGACAAAAUGUGGUCAGUUUCUAAACUGCGUAAACGGCAUAGGAUACAAAUUUGAUUGUCCCGAAGGAUUGGCGUUCAACGAGUUGACGUUUAGAUGUGACUGGCCGGAUCAGGUGGACACGUGCGACGCAGAAGCAUUCCUUGGAUUUAGAUGUCCGCCCGAAGAAAACCCGCUGGAAGGCCACAAACUCCAUCCUAACUCGGUGGAUUGUCAAAAGUUUUACCUUUGCGUUAGCGGCAGGCCUCGGCUAUACAACUGUGGGACUGGACUAGGAUUCAAUGAACUCAUUGGCGCUUGUGACAUCAGGGAAAACGUAACCUCGUGUUACUCCAGGACGCCAGAUAAUUUUGUUCGACUAGGAUGAUAUAUAAAAAGCGAAUCGACAACUGUUAUAUGAGUAUUAAUGGGAGUUACCUUUUAUUUCGACUCGUCCCUGUCGGAUAAACACUCAAGUCCAACUACAAAAGAUCUGUAAUAAACUGUAAUGUGACUAUUAUACUAUAUUUUGUUUUAUCUUUGUUGUAAUAAAUUAAGCUUUGAAUAUUAUACGUGCCAAUAAACUAUUUCGUUGGAAGUUAAAUUCUCUCUAGAUUAUGAUUUCUUUUAAAAAUAACCAAUUCGUCAUGUUAUCAAAAGUUUAAUAUUUAUAAAAUAAUAAAAUAUAUAAAUAUGAAACAUU